UGAGAUAGUAAUUUGUGAAAUUUUAUAUGCGACGAUGUUAGAAAGGAUCCGAUGCUUCAAGGAGCGUCGGUCAGAUAAGUCUCCAGUCACGAUGAGGAAAGCACGUAAAAAGGAAUUGAAGAACGUUUGUGUCUUCAAACGUUUGCUGGGAAAUAAGGGGGAAGAGGGAUUAGGUCGUUCUUCCACGUCGUCUGAACAGCCCCCAAAUUUUGGUAGUUCGAUUUUGGGUCAAGCUACGAUACCGAAUAGCAAUGGUACAGGUUGGAAGACAUCCAUUCCUUCACUUGAGUGCGAUCGCAGUGAUGUAGCCCAGCCAUGGCACAGUCCUGUAGGAAUUCCUUCGCCUUACCAAGAUUCCGGGUUCCCGGAGAUGAUGGUCUUGGAAACCGUAUCAUCAAAACUUGUAGAUGACUUUUCUGGUAGAUAUUAUAUGUCUCCAAACACACAAUCGCCAACCUUGCCCAAACAACCACCUCCCUGGAUUCAGAACCAUACCGAGCUGGUAACAGGACCUAACACUGAUCUAAGUGUUCUAUUUCAGCAACCCGUCCGUCUUAGACCUCAUACAGAAUCAUAUCCAAGCCGCUUACAGAACCAUUCUAGUAGUUCUGACCCGAGUAGCCCUCCUCUCCAGACCUUCUUGUCCUUAACGCCAAGCACAAGCUGUAGCUCUAUGGUAUCCGAAUCAAUCACUAAGCCAACGAACAGUCUUAGCGACGAUGGGGACAGAAGCCCGCGACUAGCGCACUCGUUAAGCUACAGGAUCGCUCUAUCUCAGGUUUUCAUGUAUCAGGCUCGAAUGUCUGAUCGACCGCCGAAAUCUACUCUGGCUAUUCCUGGGGACGACAUGUGACUCGAAUAUGAAGGAUUUAGAGUACAAGGUCCGCGGACUAUGGAGACUGAAACGAAGCAAGCUAGGCGUUUAACGAUAUCGUCAGUCACUACCACGCUCGACUCACCGCAACUAUUUCAGCACACAGCAGUUCUCAAUCACUA